AUGACGGUCGAAAAGAUGCCCAUCGACGCCAAAGACGGGGAUGUCGACUCUCCCCACUCGGCGGUUGCGAGUUCCGACCUCACAAUCGACCCGGCGGCGGAAAAGCGACUGCUGAGAAAGCUGGAUGCGUGGCUCUCCCCGAUGAUGAUUAUUGCCUUCUUGGUUGCCUACCUGGAUCGCAGCAACAUUGGCAACGCAGCAAUUGCGGGAAUGACAGAGGACUUGGAAUUGACCGGCAACAGACUCAACGUUGCAGUCACUGUCUUCUACGUCACCUACAUCACCUUCGAGAUCCCUGCGUCGCUGAUUCUCAAGAAAGCCCGACCGAGCCGCCUCAUUCCCUUCUUCAUCCUCUCCUGGAGCGCCACCGUCGUCGGCUCGGCCUUCGUCACCAACUACGCCGGCCUGCUGGCGACCCGUCUCCUCAUCGGCGUCUUCGAGAGCGGCCUCUUCCCCUGCCUGACGCUCUACCUCAGCACGUACUACAAACGCGAGGAACAGGCGCGACGGAUCUCCUACCUGUUCGUCGCGUCCGCUCUGUCCGGCGCCUUCGGCGGCCUCCUCGCGUACGGUCUCACUAGCCUCCACGGCGCCAGUGGCCUGGCCGGCUGGCGUUGGCUGUUCCUGAUCGAAGGCGUCAUUUCCUUGGCCGUUGGAUUCGCUUUCAUCGUCCUGCUGCCCGACAGCUUCGAGUCGGCUAAGUGGCUGACGGCGGAAGACAAGGCCUUGAUGCGCAUCCGCGCGGAGCAGUCCAGGGUCUACCAGGGCGAGUCCGAGACCUUUGACAAGCAGGAGGUCAAGCUCGCGUUCAAGGACCCCAAGGUGUGGCUCUCGGCCGGCUGCCAGUUCUGCGCCAACACGUGCUCCUUCGGGUUCGGAACCUUCUUGCCCGUCAUCAUCCGCGGUUUCGGCUACAGCAGCAUCAAGACGCAGCUCCUUACCGUCCCCGUCUACAUCUGGGCCUCGGCCGUCUACCUCGGCAUCGCGUAUUGCUCUGACAAGCUCAACAAGCGCGCCGUCUUCAUGGUUCCCAUGGCCCUCGUCACCGCCACGGGGUACGCUCUCAUGCUGGGGGUCAGCAUGAAGUCGACGAGCGUCCUCUACUUUGCCACCUUCGUCACCGCGACGGGGAUCUACUGCGUCGUCGGCCUCAACGUGACGUGGGUCAGCAACUCCAACGCCGGCUACUUCAAGCGUGCAACGGCUAUCGGUCUGCAGCAGACCAUCGGAAACAGCGCAGGCAUCAUGGCGGGGCAGAUCUACCGCAUCACCACGUCCGAGGGACGAUACACGAUCGGCCAUGCGGUUUCGAUAUGCACCAUCACCAUCGCCUCGGUCGGGUACUUCACCAUGUGGAGCUGGCUGAACAGGAUCAACAACAAGAGGGACAACAUGAGCAUCGAUGAAAGGUCACGGGCGAUCGACGAGGGAAAGAAGGGCGAUAGACAUCCUGACUUCAGGUACACUUUGUAA